AGAGAGAGAGAGAUGGGGAAGUAUCUGGAAAUUUUGGAUGUUGGGGUGAGAAUUGCAGCAAGAUUUCAUUCUCACUGUCCUCAAACGGCACGGUUGUACUACCACCCUCCGGCUAACCACGAUGACAACCACCAGCAGCAGGACGGCCCACAUGGCGGCUUCUUUGGUGGCAAAGCCGCCGGUGACGUCUCCGGUAGGGUUGGUGGUUUUGGGUCCAAAAAGGUCAUGGCCGUCGAUACUACUGAUUUCAUUCUUUAUUCUAUUGCCUGA